GAUAUGAAUAAGAACAUAAAGAAUAAAUCCAAUGACAAUAUUGAAACAUUGAAUACUUCAAAUGGUGAUGCAGCAGAAGACGACACUGAUAUUCCAUGUUUGGCGCAUGAUAUAACCAAUAAACAAGAAGAACGAACUGCUGAUAUUUUUGAAGUCGAUGACGAGGAUGACGAUGACAAUGAUGAGGAUGAUGAUGGCUGUAAUACAUCAAAUAAAAAGUGUAAAAUUAGUAUUAAUAAUAUACACUUUACCAAUUUACAAUUAUCUAAACCGGUUCUACGUGGACUUCAAGAUGCCGGUUUCAUUCGACCAUCACCGAUACAAUUUAAAGCUAUCCCUAUGGGGACAUUAGGAUUGGAUUUAAUUGUUCAAGCUAAAUCCGGGACUGGGAAAACUGUUGUAUUUGCUGUCGUCAUUUUAGACUCGAUUAAUGUGAAAGAAAAGAGUAUACAAGCUAUAGUCUUAUCGCCUACACGAGAAAUUGCCUUACAAUCACAAAUGGUUAUUAAAAAAUUAGGCUGUCAUAUACCUGAUUUAAAGUGUCAUCUAUUCGUUGGUGGUUUACCUUUGUCUGAUGAUUUACAAAAUCUUUCAAAUUGUCAUAUUGUUGUCGGUACACCUGGACGUGUACGUUAUUUAAUAGAAUCUGGUUAUAUGUCAACUGAUGGGGUGAAACACUUUAUAUUAGAUGAAGCUGAUUUACUCUUAUCUGGUGGUGCUGAUGCUAAGCUGACUGGUGGCAGUGCAAAUAAUGCUUUCCCGGCUGAUAUUAAUUAUAUCUAUUGGUGUCUACCAACAUGUCGACAAAUGUUGGCCUUAUCAGCUACAUAUACAGAUUAUUUAGUCAAUGAAUAUUUACCACGUUAUAUGAACAAUCCAGUGAUUAUACGUUUAGCUGUAAAAGAUCCAGCACUCAUAGGUGUUCGACAAUUCUUUCAUCUUAUUCAACCGGCUACACGUUCUCCAAAUUCAAUAUUCGUGGCUAAAAUGAAAUUUAUCUCUAAAUUACUCAAUGCUAUUGAAUUUCAACAGUGUUUAAUUUUCACAAAUUUUCAUAACAGUGCUGAAGACCUUUGUAGUUCUUUAUCUUCACAUGGUUGGCCAGUCAGUUAUAUAUCGAGUGGUUUAGAUCAAGGUGAACGCUUUAGUGCAUUCAAAAAACUACGUACAUUCCAGUGUCGUGUUUUUAUUACUACAGAUUUAACAGCACGUGGUAUCGAUGCUCAAAAUGUUAAUCUUGUGAUAAGUUUAGAAGUACCCUGGGAUCAUGAAACUUAUGUACAUCGAGUAGGACGUGCUGGUAGAUUUGGCAGCUAUGGCGCCUCAGUCAUUAUUGUCUCCGAUGUAGGCGAUGAAUGUGAUUUAUUAAAAAGGAUACAAGCUAAGUGCCCAAGACAAAUUCGUGAAUUACCUGAUCCUAUCCCAGUAAAUUUAGCCACACGAAAGUGUUCUGUUGACAUUGACAGUCUAGUGACAGUAACAAAGAAAAUGAGUAAUAUUCAACCGCGUCCAUUGGCUAAAGAAUUAACAAAACAAAAAUUAAAGAAUCCUAUAGGAAAGAAGUCAGCUGAAGUGUUUAAACGACAAGAAGACGAGGUUGAAGAUGAUGGAGUGAAGACGAAAGGAGCAAAAACAAGAACAACAACAACUCGUAAAACAAUAGAUAAGACGAAAGGAAAGUCAAAGUCAUCAUCCCCUUCAAAUGAUCUAUUCAUACAGCUAUCAAAGUAUGCAAAUCUUUUAAAAUCUGAGUAUUGUGGCGGUCGUGGAUCUGCAAAGAAUUCACCCAUCCGAGACAAUAAAUCUCCAUAUAAUGAUAUUAAUAAUAAUGAAAGUGAAAGUAAUCUUUUAAGCCUGAUUGGUAAUUAUCAUAAAGAUGAUAUGAUCAAUAACAAUUCUUGUCCUGUAAAUAGAAAUAAAGUUGACAAACAUCCGAAUCAUGAUGAUGAUAACGAUGAUGUUGACGAAGAUCAUGAAGAGGAAGACGAGGAGGAGGCGGAGACGGAGACAGAGGAAGAAGUGAUAGUGAAGCGAAAGACUAACAAAUCAAAGAAAACUUCAUCACAUUCUAAGAAUAAUUCAAAUCCCAGUGAUGUAGAAGAAUAUCAUUGGACGUCAAGACAAAUCUCUGCAUGGUAUGAAUAUCAUCAGUUAUUAGAGUAUGCACAGUAUUAUUAUACUCAAUGGUAUUAUGCUACACUAGAAUAUAAUCAAGCUGUAAAUUAUUUGAAUGAAUUAAAAUCAUUUAAACAGUAUACAGAUUAUUGAAAACUUUUGUAACGAUUGUAACAAAAAUCAUCAUAAUAAUAAUAAUGAUAACCGUUUUAUAAAGAGGAAAGUUUUACUGUGUAAAUAUUAAAAUUUUCAUGAAGAGUUUCACUUGUUAUUUUCUAUUUUGAAUAAAAUAAGAUUAUGUAACAUUAUUCCCAUCUGUGUAAUAAAUCCAUCCUG